AUGGCGGAGGAAGAUGUCAUCGCUUACCCUGUGCAGCCUUCCGACCACAAGCGAAAGCUUGAGAAUGUCGAAUCCGAGAUCCUGGAGCAAAAUCCCGGCUCGAUUGAUCAGUCUAACGAAGCUUCUGUAGACGGUGCCAAAGAAGCAUCUGAGUAUUCUCAGGCGAAGCGCCCGAAGAUCGACGGCGAGGCUGACGAUGGGUUAGGUGUUGGGAAUAUUGUAGAGAGGAAAGAAGAAAGUGGCGAGGAAUCUGAAAAUAAGAUGGGUGAUAAUGGUAAACCUGAGGAUAACCAACCAGAUUCUGUUGAGGCUGCUGAAGAAAAUAACCAGGUGACCACUAGUGCUUCUCCCCAGAGGAAAGCUGACGACACUAGUAAGGAAACGACUGAUGCUCUUGUUCAGAAAGAAGUUGAAAAAGAAAGCAAGCUAGUGGAUGAUGAUGGCUCUCACAAGGAAGCAAAUGCUGGUGGCUGUCUGGAGAAGACUGGUGAUGAGAGUAAGGAAGUUGAUGGUAGUGGUUCUCAUGAAGACGGAAGUAAAGAAGUAAAUGGCGGCAGUUCUCAUAAGGAGGUUGACGACACCCAGUCCACAACUCGUAAAAUAGAAGUCCCCAGUUCAAAGGUUGGCACGCUUAUUGGUAAAGGUGGGGAGAUGGUACGGAAUCUUCAGCUCAGUUCUGGUGCCAAGAUCCAAAUUCGGAGGGAUUCAGAGGCUGAUCCCAAUUCAGCUUUAAGGCCAGUGGAGAUAAUUGGAAAUCUUGCUUCUAUUGAGAAAGCAGAGAAGCUUAUUAAUGAAGUUAUUGCUCAGUCUGAAGUUGGAGGUGUACCUGCCCUUUUUGUAAGAGGGGCCCCAGAACAAAUCGAGAUAAAAGUUCCAAAUGAUAAGGUUGGUGUCAUCAUUGGCCGAGGCGGGGAAACUAUCAAGAACAUGCAGACAAAGUCGAGAGCACGGAUUCAGUUAAUACCACUUGAAGAAGGCGAUGGCUCUAAGGAAAGGACUGUUCGUAUUUCUGGGGAUAAAAGGCAAAUUGAUAUAGCUACGGCGUUGAUAAAGGAUGUCAUGUAUCAGGAUACAAGGCCAUCACACUAUUCUAGUGGUUAUAACUCGCCUGCUUACCAACCACGGGGACCUGGUGGUCCGCCUCAGUGGGGUGGUCCACGUGGUCCUCAUGGGCCCCAUUCAAUGCCAUACAAUUAUCACCAUGGUGGACCUUACCCGUCUCAUGGUUCACAUUACAGACCUCCCAAUUCCGGCGGUUAUCCUCCACAUCAUAUACCUCCGAGGAGUGGAUAUGGUUCUGGUUGGGAACAAAGGCCUCCACAUUCUGGUCCGUAUGAUUAUUACAGUAGGCAAGGACCUCAAAACCCAGGUCCUCUGCCCAACCAUACUGCUCCGUAUGCUCAGCAGAACUAUGAUAAUCCUCCUAUGCAGCAACCUUAUGGUGGAUACCAACAGGGCUAUCCACCGGCAGGUGGUCAGCACCAAAUGCAGCAGCCAAGUAGACCUUAUGGUAUGCAAGGACCAGCAGAUCAAGGAUAUGGGCCUCCAAGGCCAGCAGCACCUUCUGUUGAUGUGUCUUACCAAGGUCCAACUCAAGCAGCACCAUCUUAUGGUACAAAUAUGGCUCCACCACAACAGCAAUAUGGUUAUGCAUCAAGUACUCCUGGUCAGCCAACGUACCCUUCAUACAGCUCUGCAGCACCCUCUGAUGGUUAUAAUAGUUCACAAGCACCAGCAGUUGCCCCAGCUUAUGAGCAGCAUGGUGUUCUGCCAGCUUCCGGUGUGCAGCUGACAUCAGCUGGGUAUGGGCAAGCACCUCCAACCGGUGGUUAUAGCUCAUAUCCCUCUACACAGCCGGCUUAUGGUAAUGCCCCGGCUCAGAGCAAUGGAAACUACGGAUACGGUCCUCAGUAUCCUAGCUAUGGGGGUGGAAACGCUUCAGCAUAUCCUACUGCUGCACCUGUUGGCCAAACCGUUUAUUCCCAGAAUGCAACUGGUCAGGCCGGCUACGAUCAGUCUGCAACUCAGUCAGCAGGCUAUGCAGCUGCUCCCGGAACAGCACAGUGA